CACGGACGCUUCUUCGCCUCAGUUUGGGUUAUACAACGUUCGAGGAGGCUUGUGUGUCACUCCAUCACCCACUGAAACUUCCCAAAUCAUCACAAUUUACAAUUUCGUUGGGUUGCUGUGGAAAUACAAACGGGAGGAGCGUGCAGGGAGGACCAACGCGCCUCGGGAGUGGGGAGAAGAGGACAAGCCGGUGUUUCAUGAGGAUGUUUGUGAGGUGAGAGUUUCCUUCCGUCUCUUCCUGUUUCUCUCUUCUGCCUCAAUAAGGAAGGUGAGAAGAGGAAGCUGAAGCCAAAGACAAUGCCGCCAUGAAAGGAUUUGGUCGCGCCCUUGAGAUCAAUUUCCUCUUCCUCCUGGUGGUGGCGCUGCUGGUGGUGCUGCAGCUCAUCCUUCAGGGAAGUCAAAGGGAGCUAUUACUGCAGCUGAAAGAGAGAGGGGGUGAAGGGGAGGCGGCGGGCGAGUAUCCUCAACAUGGCCCCCCUCCCUCCUCCCCCCUCACCUUCCCUGACCAAGACAUCCACGCAGCUGGCGAUGCGAAAAUGGUUAUUAGUGAUAAUGGCGGCGGUGGUGGAAUAUUAGCAGCUCCUGUGGUACCAAACAUCAGACGAUCCUUCCCCAAGAGAAAGGCGCCAUAUGUGAGGAAAGCAAAGAACAAGAAAAAGAAGAAAAACCGCAAGGGAAAGAAGCAGCUUGCCCGAGGCGUUGGGGGAGCUGAGGGAACCUUUGUUAAGGGAUCAGGAAAUAUCGGGGUCAUUGAAAAGUCUGAAAAGGUUAAUAAAAGAGGAAAAACGAAAGUAAGUAAUAAGACAAAGACUAAAGUGUAAAGGAUAUCUAACUUCAUGCAUGCACUGCCAUAGGUGUGUGUGUGUGUGUGUGUGUGUGUGUGUGUGUGUGUGUGUGUGUGUGCGAAAUUAUGUAAAAUGAUUGAAGAAUUUGUUUUAGGGAAAUGUAAUGGUUGAUGAUGAAACUGAUAUAGUUUUAUAUAAUUUCCUAUAUUUUUAAGGUAAUGAAUGAUGAAUUGGCUAUUUUUAUAAUUUGCAGUUAUGAAUUAUGAAAAAAAUAAAUUUGAUAUGACAAGAUAUGAAUAAUAAGUGUGCAAUUCUUCUAGUACAAUAUUUUAUUGGUGAUCAUGAUCUACACACAUCACACUUGAAGAAUGAUUUAACUUUUGAUUAAGAACUGAUUAAUCUCUUGCUUCUUUCACUUGUUCUUAAUAUGGGAAAAAUAGGAUUUUGUAUAACAAAUAAUGCAUUUCAUAUUUAUAUAAAUGGUACAAAUAA